AGAAGAGAACAACUUCCUACGGAGUCCGUCGGGUUGUGGCAUCGACUAAAAUGACGGCUUAAAGAUGAAGUUGCUUUUUUUGGCUGCGACCCUUGGACUUUAGUUAUUCCCCACAGGGUUGAAGAGACGCGAGCGGGCGGUAAAGGAGCCAUAAAACAAAAAUACGAUCAAGAAUGCCUCUCGGGGUCUGCGGUGGAGAUGGACGGGCUGCUGGGAGCUUCUUUCUCCUGCUCGCCGUGUCGCUCUUCUUCGUGGUGCUGGUCGGAGUCGAAGCUCUUCCCGAGGACGCUAACCCCGUCAAGGACCAAGUUGCCAUCGAGAAAAAAAACAGUGACCCUCCAUUGGUGCCGGUGGUGAAAGAGGAUGAGCCCAUCAAAGGGGACCUUGGAUUCAUCCAUGCUUUCGUUGCCUCCAUUUCCGUCAUCAUCGUGUCCGAGCUGGGUGACAAGACCUUCUUCAUCGCCGCCAUUAUGGCCAUGCGGUACAACCGGCUCACCGUGCUGGCUGGCGCCAUGCUGGCUCUGGGGCUUAUGACAUGCUUGUCUGUGCUGUUUGGCUACGCCACCACCAUCAUCCCCAGAAUUUACACCUACUAUGUGUCCACCGGCCUCUUUGCUAUUUUUGGUGUGCGCAUGCUGCGCGAGGGCCUCAAAAUGAGUCCUGAUGAGGGCCAGGAGGAGCUGGAGGAGGUGCAGGCUGAGAUUAAGAAGAAGGACGAAGAGCUGCAACGUUCCAAAAUGGCCAAUGGCGUGCCGGAUGUUGAGGCAGGGUCCGGCUCAACUUUGCCGCCGUCAUCGUCCAGGUGGCACAGCAUCAUCUCGCCCAUCUUCAUCCAAGCGCUCACACUCACCUUCCUCGCCGAGUGGGGCGACCGCUCCCAGCUCACCACCAUCAUCCUGGCUGCCCGCGAGGAUCCAUUUGGCGUGGCUGUGGGCGGCACGCUGGGACACUGCUUGUGUACGGGCCUGGCUGUGAUCGGCGGGCGGAUGAUUGCCCAGAAAAUCUCUGUCAGAACAGUCACAAUCAUCGGCGGGAUCGUCUUUCUGGCGUUUGCCUUUUCCGCUCUCUUCAUCAAGCCCGACGCUGGACUGUGAGAGCGCCACUAAAGGACUCUUGAGUGUACAUUAUUCUUUCUGGUAGUCGCUGUAGAGAGAUUGUACUGUGUUGACUGCGUGUCAGAAAUCCCGGAGUCUCCUCUGCUGCGCCCGUCUAGGUCCGAGGUAUUCUGGGAGUUGUCCGAAGGAAACGGACGUUACUGAACUUGAAGACAAGCAUUUGAUUCCUCACAGCUUUUUUUGGUGUUGAUUUAUUAUUUUUUUUAAUGUGUUACUCAACAUGCGGCACGUCAGUAGCUUCUGUGGCGAUCUUUUAAUUCAGGAAUACUUGUAAUCAAUUUCCUUUAUUGGUUUGUCUUUUUUUUUUUCCUGCUGUAAUGGGGCACAAAUCCUUUAUGGUCGCUGUCACUCCACAAUGUUUUUUCGUCCACAUUUUAUUUAUUUAGUUUCAUGUUCUUUUAGGGAGGCAUUGAGGAAGCGGUGGCCAGGAAAUAUUUUUGUAAAUGUAUGAUGAGUCAGUCAGCUGUGAAAUGUGUAAAAUGCCGCGGUAACUGAAUCAUUUGAUCGAAUGCCUUUUAAAGUUUAAUUGCUCAAUAAAAAACAAAUGUUUUCCUGUGCUGC